CACGUGACACACUGAACGUUGCAUAAAUUAGAAUGACAGUGGUCUGCGGCGUUUUAUAACAUCCAUUAAACAACCCAACCUGAACUAGUUUAACAAUGUUAACGGUUAGACAGCUUUAACCAAGACUGUGCGUGUUCGGUUUAUUUGUCAGAGAUGUUGUCAUGGAUCGCGGCUCUGCUGACAGGAAUCCUCUCCGCGCAUCUCGCUCAGCGCUUGUGUUUUCCAUACUUCUGGAAAGACGCCCUGUAUUUAAUGAAAGUCAUACGAUACGGAGCGCGUCUGGAAAUCUACAAAAGAACCUCAAAGAUCGUGACGGUCAUAGACAGGUUUGUUCAACAAGCUCAGAGGAUUCCUGAGAAACCCUUUGUGAUUUAUGAAGGAGUGACGUACACCUAUGGAGAGCUCGAGGAGCGAAGCAACAGAGUCGCGCGCGUGUUUCAAGACGCGGUAAAUAAAGGAGACACGGUCGCGCUCCUCAUGAGCAACGAGCCCGAUUUCAUCGCGGUCUGGUUCGGGUUCUGUAAACUGGGUUGUGCCGUGGCGUUUCUCAACACGAACAUCAAACCCAGAUCGCUGCUGCACUGUUUUAACUGCUGUGGGGCCAAACUACUGGUAGUCGGAGCAGAUCUUCUAGAUACUUUAGAGGACAUUCUUCCUAGUCUCCUGGAGGACAGUAUCACAGUUUGGUGUAUGAAUCGAGCGAGUUCUCAUCCUGACGUCCACAGCCUGCUGGAUAAGAUAGAGAAAGCUUCACAUGAGCCGAUCCCAGCUGAGCGUCGCUCUGUCGCCUGUCUCAAAACCCCUACGCUCUACAUCUUCACUUCAGGCACAACUGGGCUGCCCAAAGCUGCAGUCAUCACACAUUUGCAGUCCCUGAAGGCAGCAGGUGGGUUUUGGGCGUACGGCGGCACAGGAAGUGAUGUCAUCUACACGCCGCUUCCCCUGUAUCAUAGUGCUGCCUCACUUGUAGGCAUUGGAGGCACCAUUGAAUUGGGUGCCACCUGUGUCCUAAAGAAGAAGUUUUCAGCCUCUCAGUUCUGGAAUGACUGCAGGAAACACAACGUCACCAUAUUUCAGUACAUAGGAGAGCUCUGCCGAUAUCUGUGCAGUCAGCCUGUGGCAGAGAAUGAGAAGGAUCACAGGGUGCACAUGGGUGUUGGGAAUGGACUCCGGCAGGACGUCUGGAGAGAGUUCCUCCGGCGUUUCGGGGAGAUCCGCAUGUGUGAGAUAUACGGCUCCACCGAAGGAAACCUGUGCUUCAUGAACCACGUCGGCAGGAUUGGAGCCGUCGGCCGCUCCAAUUUCUUUUACAAGUUGAUUUUUAAGUAUGAUCUGGUGAAGUAUGACCUGAUCAGAGAUGAGCCUGCAAGAGACCAAAAUGGAUUCUGCCAGCAUGUUCAGAAAGGUGAGACGGGGCUGCUGCUGUCUAAGAUUUGCAGUCAGAGUCCGUUCUUUGGAUAUGCUGGAAACAAACAGCUCACAGAGAAGAAGAUUCUGCGAGACGUGUUUGUCAAAGGAGAUGCUUACUUCAACACUGGAGACCUGAUGGCUGAGGAUGAGGACAACUUCAUCUGCUUUAAAGAUAGAGUGGGAGAUACUUUCAGAUGGAAGGGUGAGAAUGUGGCGACCACUGAGGUGACAGAGGUACUGGGAUUGGUAGAUUUUAUUCAGGAAGCCAAUGUUUAUGGAGUCCAGGUGCCAGGAAAUGAGGGCCGUGCUGGAAUGGCUGCAGUGAUCGUGAGGCCCGAGUACACAUUUGAUGGGAAAAAACUGUUCAGUCUCAUCCUCGCAGAACUGCCAUCAUAUGCUAGACCUCUCUUCAUUAGACUGCAGGAGUCUAUGGAGAUGACGAGCACGUUCAAGCAGCAGAAGUUUGGUCUGGUGGAGAGUGGUUUCAAUCCCUCCAGCAUCAGCGACCCGCUCUACUUCCUGGACUACACAGAGAAGAGCUACAUUCCUCUGACAAGCUCUGUCUAUGAUAGUAUAUUAAACGGUCAGAAAAAAGUCUAGCCCGAGCCCUUUAAAGCACCACGAUACCUUAGAGAACUGAUUUGGCCGUGAUGGCGCUGAAAGACAUGCUGGCUUGUUUGUAGCGCUGUAUAUUUGAUCAGCUUCUUUAUUGAAUUAUUGAUCAUGUACGUCUUUCAGAGCUGCAGACCGUGUCAUUUAGUGAAUACAGAAUUGGUAGAUAUAAAAGAGGGUAAUGAUGAUAUACUUCGAGUGGAGAUGAGCGAACAGUCUGCUGUCAAAUGUGCAGUCGUGUGUGCUGAGAUCUACACAGGAAGUGCACCUAGACCUUAAGAAGUGUAACAGGCCAUCUGGUAAAUAUAGUAUACUGAAUGUUUGUGCGCUAUGAAGGAAAAGCUUUUAGAUUUGGUGACUGCAAAGAUUAUGUUAAAACAGAAACCUGCUGUUCUGUUUUAAAGUGUACUUUCACACAUCGCUUUAGUGUGUGUCAUAUUAGCACAUCGAGCUUUAACGUUCCGCAAUGCAACUAAAUCCCAGUGAAAUUUAAAUUGUUACAGUUCACAGAAUUCACAGUAAAUUGCGUAAAAAGGAAUUCCAAACUAAAUUCUGCACUCAUAAUCGUGUAAGGUCUUCCUGCUGAUUUAUGAAACCAGUCACUCAGUCAUACACUGUUCUGACAUCAGACUUGAGUGGCUGUGUGUAUUUGAAUUAUUUUAAUAAAACCGGCCAUCUUUUGUAUAUGUUGAUGUGUAAUGUUAUAAUUAUGUGUAAUACAUACACAUGCACUUUAAAUAAUUCAAAUACACAGACUAAGUCUGACUGUGACUCAAACUGUAUUUUUUUGCUUUAGUUCUGAGCAUCAUAGAAAGUGAAGAUUUUCUUAUUUAACCUUUGGUUGAUUGCAAUUUUUUAGCUUUAUUAAACAGGACACUUGAAAUAUUUGAGAUUCACUGUGAAUUAUGUUUAAAACUAUUUCUUCACUGAAGUGAAAAAUAUAUGCAAUGGUGUCAAUCAGUUUUAUUAACGUAAUUAUGUAAUAAUAAAUGACAAUUUUGUUUACAUGCA